AUUGUGAACAAGUGUUUGACUACUAACGAUCGUUGCUUUAUUUUUUAAUUAUCUCGGAAUUGCUCUUCAAUGAUAAACAAUAAAAACUUAUUUAUUUAUUAACCGUCUUAAAAUUUUUCUUGCGUGUGGGAUUAGUUGUUUCAUCUGAUCGUUUCUGGUAUUGCGAAAAGUGCUCUUAGUGGUGCAAAAUGUUCAAUAAAAAAAGAUCGGAGUCAAGGAAGAGUGCCAGGUUCUCUAGAUUGGACGAAUUGGUGUUGCCAAAUUCCAAGUUGAAGUUUUGUCCGGACCAAUUGCAAAAUUUAAAUUACAUUAUUAAUAAGAGGUUGCAGCAAAAUAUAUCUACGGGUACAGAAAAGAGUUUGUUGCUAGCAAGAUCUGUCAGCGAACGAUUGAUUCAAAGGCUGAUGUGUGGUGCUGGAAUGUUAGAUCCUCGGUUUUCUUCCAAAUAUUUAAUUUCGAACAGUCAACAUAAAUCCAACCAUUUGUCAAAUAAAUUGGACUAUAUUAUAAGAUUGGAUACUUUAUCCUUACCAACUUUAUAUGAAGCAGAUACCAAUCCAAAAUACUCUAUAACAGAAUCGGAGUCAGACUAUCCAGCUGGUUAUGCAAGAAUUAAGUUACACACAUCAACUUUUAAGAUAUGGGGUGAUUUUACAAAUUCUCAGGGAUAUCUAAGAAGGGACAAAGUUCAAGCUCGUCUAGUUGAGUUACUUGCCAUAGCCGCUUCUAAAGAAGUUCCCAGUACUCCAUUGCAUGUUGACGAAUCCGUCCUUUGUGGAAUACCAGGAAAAGUAGUCGACAGUUAUAGUCUUUAUAAUAUUUUAAAAGUGCCCCCUGAUAAACAUGUUUACUACGGUCCAGGUGGAAAUAUUCCAAGAUUUCCAGAUCCAAGAGACUUUAGACUAGCCAUAGUAGAUGAGCCUAGUGGUAUUAGAUUAAAAAUAGAGUUUUUAUCGCCAGCUUUAUCAAACAUAACAAUAGAUGUUACAAUUCUUGUUGCUGUCGGGAUAGAUUCUUGGCCAUCAUCGACAGAUUUUCCUUCAAGAAUUUCUUUGGGCCAUUCAGAUUGUUUACUGUAUCACCAAGCAACAGAAACGGGAACUUAUCUUGUUGGGUUUGGGGUUCAUUCUUCCGCAUGGCAAAUCAGAGUACCAGCAGCUGAACAGGUGAUUUUGUCACACUACGGGACCAAUAGUACUGUAAGGACUGUACUCGAUAUGAUGUAUCUCAUUCUAGAUGAUAUAGAUCGAUCUAGAGGUACGAGAAAACAUCAGGUGUCGUACAAGAUCCUGUCUAAAUAUCUUCUGCUAACAAUAUUACUAGAAGAUUUGGAAUGUAAUUCAAGGAAUCCAAUUACCGAUAUGUUAUCAUGGGCACCUUUAUACCUAUCGACUCAUCUAUUACGACUUUUGGACAAAGUAGUAGCCAAACUAUUAUUAGAGAAACAGCCAAAUUAUUUUUUCAGAAAGUCAAACUUAUUAGUAAAUCCAGGCCACUUGUCUGAUGAUGAUUAUAUCAUUGAGGCAAACAAUCUUAAACUUAUUAUGGCGAGGCUCUUUGAUGAAUCCUUAAUGUCUACCAGAGGUAACGAAGACUUUAACAGAAUCAUACAAGCACAAGAAAGCGAGAUGAUCCUGCUUUAUAAAUGGAAAGACCUUGUAGAAGGUUUAUUACCUCCACCUGGCACCAGAGGUAGAAGGUUUUGCUUUGCGGGAUCGAAAAAUCAACAAGAAAUUGCACAUACUCAAUAUACAGUCAGACAGUUAGAGUAUAUAGGUAUGUUGCUCAACAAAAUGUUGGUUGUUAAACAGAAUAUAUUGAGGGUUGAUCAUACAGUGGAAGAUAUUUUAAAUAAUCAAAAUUACCACCAUGAUCAUCCCUUGGAAGACAUAAUAUUUAUAUUAGUAACAAUUAUGGACCAGGCUAGAGACCAAUACUUAUCCAACCAAACUAAUCCUGCGAUCUUAAAAAAUAGACUAAAAAUUAAAAGCAAUUUUAAUAAUCACACUUCUAGAUUAGUCGACAUGAUGAGGAAAGAUAAAGAAUUGAUUUCUUUGGUUACAUUCGAAGAUGAUCUUUCUUUAGUAAAAACAAUUCUCAAAUGGUUGUACAGGGGAAUGGAUCAAAGUAAAAGGUAUCUGGGACCGAUUUUAAGACCAUACCUGAAUAAUAUUUUUGCUUCUUCGCACGCUAUAUCUUGGCACUUAGAAUCUAUUAAAGACAGAAUAAGUAACGACGAGCUUGCAGCUUUAGGGUCCUUUGCAGAACUUGUCAAUUCCGGAAAAAUAACACCAGCGCAAGGUCUUAUUGAUUCAGUUAAUAAAAAUUGGUCUUGGGCUAAAAACAUGCUUACUAUGGUACAGAAAAAUACUUUAAGGGUUAUUUACAUCUCUGAAAGAGGAAGAGUUUACCGGCAUAUUUUGUCUCUUCCAUCUUAUCAGAGAAAAAAUGUUGAAAGUGGCAGUAAAACCUUGGAAUCGCCAAACGAUAAGAAAGAAAUCAGAAGACAGAAAACAUUGCCGAACAGAAGUUAUUUUAACUCAAUUUUAAAUGAAAAAUCAGAACCCGAAGGCGAAGACAUAAUCCCACAGCAUGAACAUUUAAAGAUAGCUAGUCCUCUUAACUAUAUAUUAAACAAGAAACAUAGAAAAGGUGAACAUAGAGGUAGUGGUGAUAUCUUUAAAGCUUUAGCUGCAAUGCAAAAACUUAGUGUAAGUUAA